AUGGCACCCCUCGUGCCGACUGCGCUGCUGCAGACCCUCCUCAAGCGUGACGAUGACACCGGUGUACCAUCUUCUUGCGACGAAAUCAACGGAUCUUGCAUCGAGGUCGUUUGCGCCUGGCCGCUAUACUACAUCCUCGUUGUCGUCUGUGUGGUUGCCCGAAAAGAAGAAUGGAUUCGGGCUGUCUGUCAAGCCGCUGCACUGCUUGUACCCGCUGUUGCAGCAAUCCAUGGUAUCGUCUUAGCAUCAUUCCAUGUUGAUGGUGCCACGGACAUGGAUAUCUACGGAGCCUUGCAAUUUUGCUCAAUUGGCAUCUUGGCGGCUCCCGUGACCGUGAAGUUGUCAUCAACAUUCUUCUACGACCCAGGACGGAACAUCAUCUUCCUGUGGACAGGCCUCAUUCUGUCGGGUCUGUUGAGCUUGGCUGUCGAAUUCUAUCGCUCCAAUACCCAUCCGUGCGAGACUGGCGGAGCGAGUCCAGUUCCAAGUCUCGGCAGAUUUCCAUACGGAGAUGAAGACAUAUGCGGCCUUGUUUGCUCUGAAAUGAACGGGCCAUUCUCCGGUCUGAGGCAGGGUGCGACCAGCGAGAUCUACGUCGUUCCCAAACCAGCGACGCUCCCAUUUGGCAUGGCCAUGUUCCUCGCUGCGGCCGAGUGCGUCCCCGCUAUUCUGUCCUUGGUUUCCAUGUGGAAGAAGAUUUUGGAAAUAAAUUGGAAGGCACGUCGAGGGCGUGGUGCUCCAGAGAAAGAACAGUCAGAGGAUCGAAGCAUCAUUCCUGGAACAAACGGCGCCACCUUGAAGGGCAUGAAGGACGUCAACCAGGCUAUCAGGUCUCUGUUGAGUGCAGUUGAGGUCCCUGUAUUCGGAGGUGCUUGGCUAGCUGUCCUUAUCAUCGGCGAGAUCAACUUUUGGAGUCCUCAGGUCAAGUAUCACACCGAACCCAUUAGCAACAUCGGUCUGGGCUCGCUUUACGUCUGGCUUGCAGACAGUAACGGCGAGCUCGCCAAUGCAGCUGCAACAGGUCAUGGCAAUUGUCCAUACUGCUAUCGUCGCGAGCAGUCUGACCGAAUAAGAGACGAAGGCGGAGCCCCGCAAGCCAACACAGCCUAUCCAGAACAUCAAGAGAGCCGCCCUGGGUCAGAAGCCAGGCGUUCUACCGUAGAUUCCACGGGAGAAUGGGUGGCUCGACGAAAGAUUGCCAACGCUCUAGGGAAAAUGGGCAACUACUUCGGCAACCCAGCAAAAGACCCAUUCGGUGCCGGUGAUUUCAAGACCGGGGCGUGGCCGCGAAUCCCAGGAGAAGCUCAGCGCAACGAUCGAAUGGCCGAAGACGAAGAUCGCUACAGCAUUAUGGAAGAACCAGGCAGCUCGCGAGAUUCUCGGGACGGCGGCCCCUGCAGUGUUAGCGGUUCGGCAGCUCCAUCUGCAACACCAGCGUCGCCCACGUCACCCACGUCACCCACGUCACCCACAUCGCCAAUAUUGCUCUCGCCCCGAGCAAGGAGUUCGAGGACACAUGAAAGCUCGUUUUCAUCACGGAACCUCUCCCGCCACUCGUCUUUUGAACAACCGAGGCCGGCCGCGGCACCUUACGACCCAAGAAAUCCUUCAGCAAGGCGUCGCGCGACGCUCGAGGUGCCGCCGUGGGCUCAUCGGCAAUUUUGA